AUGGACGACUUUGUCAUCAAUUUCGACACCUCGUCGACCUCCAACACCGCAGCUGGCGGCUCGGCGAGGCAGAAGGGAGGACGAUGGACCGACCGCGUCAAGGACAAGCGCAGGCAACAGGCUCACAGCAGGAGGCAGAAUCAUCAGCGUCCUAAUGGGUCCGCACCAGCAGCACCCUCGACCUCGAACAACCUUGGCAAGAGGCCCAGAGAGGCGAAUGACGAUCAUCAGGGCGCGACGUCGCGUUCCUCGGCGGCUCCGACCACGAUCCGACCUACAGGCUGCUCCUUCAACCUCAGGGCCAAUGCCACCACUUUGAACGCCCAGGGACGAGACGACGAUGAGACUGCCAUGAUCCAACCGAGACGAGGACCCCAGGCGAAGCGACCUAGCACAUCGGCCGCCGAGGCAGGAGCUGCCAAGCUCGCUCCGGGUCAGAAGAAGCAGUACAUCUCGUCCCUCUUCACCGCCGAAAGAUUGCCGUCGACCGCACCUGCUUCGCCCAUCAUCCCUUCUCAACCUUCCAACGCGCCGAUGCGAGCAAGACCUGGUCAUUCCGACGACGACGACGACGACGACGACGACGACGACGACGACGACGACGACGACGACGACGACGACGACGACGACGACGACGACGACGACGACGACGACGACGACGACGACGACGACGACGACGACGACGACGACGACGACGACGACGACGAGGAGCAAGACGAUGUCGAAGACGACGUCGACUCGAGCAUGGUCGUCGACCUCGAAUCCAAACCCGACCCAGCACCAGCACUGACCUCGCUCGGCAUCAUGCGCCCCUUGGUGCAUCAUCUUGCGAACAAGCUCAACAUCACAGGACCUACCGCAUGUCAAGCUGGUGCGAUCCCUCCCCUCCUCCAAGCGAUUCAGCCCCCAGCCCCGUCUUCAUCGUCAUCUCCUCGAGCCCACGACGCCAUCUUGCAAGCCCAGACCGGGUCCGGUAAAACGCUCGCUUUCCUGCUACCGAUGUUGCAAGAUCUUCUCUCCCUCGAUCGUUCUAUUCUCCCUUCCUCCGCGUCCGCUCCGACCCGCUCGAUCGGUACACUCGCCCUCAUCCUAGCCCCGACACGAGAACUCGCCUCGCAGACCUACAACGUCCUCGAGUCACUCCUAUCGCUGCCCUCCUCGUCCUCCUUCAACUUUCCCCCUCGAGCUCUGACCCCUUGUCUCCUCGUAGGAGGCGCGAACCGAACGCACGAGAAAUCCCGACUAAGGAAGGGAUGCCCCAUCGUCGUCGCGACACCGGGCCGAUUAUUGGACCAUCUCAAAACGACCGAAAGUUUCCGUAUCGCCGGCGAACCGAUCAAAUCUCGUGGGCCUCGAGGACGACCUGGAGUCACGGGCUCGAACUCGUCCGAGCUCGGUGUCCGGGGAGGGAGAAAGUUGGGUCUGAGGUGGUUGAUUGUCGAUGAGUGCGAUCGAUUGAUGGAUUUGGGUUUCGAGGAACAGAUGAAGGGCGUUUUGGAAGAGUUGGAAAAGAGGUCGCCGGCGAUGGCUAAUCCUGGGCAGGAGAGGAGGACGGUCCUGUGUUCGGCUACGGCGAGCGAUGGCGUCGAUCGAUUGGCAGGGUUCAUGACUUUGCACAGUCCUGCUACGCUCAAGGCCGUCGACAAGGAUCACAAGGGCGGCGUCGUUGCCGUACCGACACCGAAAUCGACGAUUGAUGGUGCCGGUCAGGAUGGUCAGAGUCUCGAGGUCGCAACAGGGAACGAUAUAAAAACUUCCUUCACCCCACCAACUCAACUCGUGCACAACUACAUCGUCUGUCCCCCCAAGCUCCGCUUCGUCGGCUUGAUCGCCCUCCUCCGUCGACUCUUGAUCAGUCCGAAAUCAUCAGGCAAGAACGGCGUCGGGACCAAGGUCCUCAUCUUCUUGUCCUGUACUGCCGCCGUCGAUUUCUAUUGGGAGGCUCUAGGAUCCAUGGGAAUGGGUCUAGGAGCAUCAAAUUCAAACGACUCGGAGACUCAGACGAACAAACCCGAGUCGGCGAAGGAACGCGUUGAAAGGGAGAAACGAGAAGCCGAAGAAAAACGGACCAAACUUGCCUCCGAUUCGGCCGUACUCCCCGGGGUCCCCAUCUAUCGUUUACAUGGAAACCUCGAACUCGAGACGAGGUUGAACUCGUUAAAGGCUUUCGCGCACAAGUCGGUCGUGCAAAAGGGCAAGAAUAAGGGCGCUGAGACGGAGAACGCCGUGUUGCUUUGUACGAGCGUCGCGGCGCGUGGGUUGGACGUGCCUUUCGUUUCUCAUGUCGUUCAAUACGAUCUUCCGACCGAGGUGAGACAUGUCGAGGUGGUGAUUGGUACGCCCGUGGCACUUCACGCUGAUUCUUUGACUCUUGUGUUUCACAGGGCGGUGUAACGGAAUACGUCCAUCGAGUCGGACGAACAGCUCGAGCUGGUGCAUCGGGCCAAGCGACCUCUUUUCUCCUCCCUUCAGAAAAAGAAUGGGUCCCCUGGGUCGAACAAGGGAUGCGUUCGGAUCCUUCGACUUUGGCUCCGACGGCGGGUAAAAGGGAGGUCAAGUUGAGAGAAGUGGGUAUUGAGGAUGUGCUGAAGGAUGGGUAUGGGGGCGAGGGGAGGGAGUAUGAGACAAGGGCGACGGACGUGCAAAUGGGAUUCGAGAGAUGGGUCAAUGAAGAGGAUGAGGUGAGUUGUGCUCGCUUGGUGCCCUUAUGGUGUACAUCAGCUGAUACCGGUCAUCUUGUUGACUCUACCAGCACGCCACUCUGGCACGCAACGCUUUCGCCUCCCACAUUCGAGCCUAUGCGACUCACCCCGCCGCCGAAAAAGCCAUGUUCAACACCAAAGCCUUGCACCUCGGUCAUCUCGCGAAAUCCUUCGGCAUGCGCGAAGCCCCCGGAGCCCAGCGUCAAAGCCUUAGCUCCAAAUCGAAAUCGACUAAGAAAUCUCGUUUCCAAGCUCAGGAAGAGAUGUUGGCGAUGGAGAAACCGACGGUCAAUCUGAGUGGCGGGUUCGAGGUCGGGAGGAGGAGUACGGGCCCGAAGAACUUGAAACAGUUGAUGAGGGGGCCGACGGGGGAUUCGGAGUAUACGGUCGCGGAUUCGGCAAUGUUGGAGUCGAUGGCCAAACCCUCGGCUGGGGGGAAGAGGAGGAGGAUGUAA